CCGCAAUAUAUAUUAACUCAAUCGUCUAACCGCUGUAACGCUUUACAACUGAGUUCAUUAUUACAUAUCAGCUUUUUUUGUUUGGCGCCAAAAUUUUUUUUUCUGAUAUUUAUUAACAAGUAGUGACAUUUUUGUAGUUAAAAAAAGAAAUUAUAUACUUGUGGUAAUAUUACUUAAUUUGUGUGCUGUUUAAGUAAAAUUUUCUUUAAAAAAAACGACUUGGGAUCCAUCAACAUCCAUCGUCCACGGCCACAAUAACAAUCAGUGCCGGGCACGCUAACCAAUAAAUCAGACUUGGGAUCCUUUCACAACAAUCAUCCUCUUCUUCUUGGCUUUGCUAAAUCGACAAUUUGCCAAAACCUCGUCUCCAUGGAUCCUAAAAACAGAGAUUUCCUAAACCACCUCGAAACAUACCUCGCCAAAAGAGACGGCGUAGACAAGCUCCUGAAGAUCUCUCGUUACACAACCAAGAUCAUCCUCGCAUCAUCCCUUCUCCCAGAAUCGGGAUCCCUAACUCACCGCCUCAAGAGCUUUGAAUCAAGCGUCGGAGUCAGCCGCAAAGCCUUCCGUCUCGGAAAAUUCGUACAAGACAUCAACGCCCUCAGAGCCUCGCCACGUGACUCGAGCCGCGACCUCCUCCUUCUGGUAAUCGCGUACGGGGGCGAAGGGUUGUACUACUUCGUCGAGCAGUUCAUCUGGUUAGCGAAAUCGGGAUUGAUCGAUGCGAAAUGGUUGCAGAAGAUCAGCGCAUGGGCAGAGCUCGUGGGGUAUGUUGGGAGCGUUUCGUUGAAGAUUAGGGAUUUGAGGAAGAUCAAGGACGAGAUUGAGAUGUCUAAUGGAGGAGAAGAGGAGAAGAUGAAGAAGCUUAAGGAGAAGAAGACAUUGAAAGUGUUGUCCAUCUUGCAAGAUCUUGCUGAUGGGUUGAUGACGAUCGCAGAUCUUAGGGAUGGUAAGGGAGUGUUAUCAGCUCCGAGUGUGAUUUCUUCAGCAGGUUUGUUCUCAGCCAUUAUCAGUACUCACAAGAACUGGGUUUCUUGUUGAUCAUUCGUUUCCGUAAUCGAUAUACUCAAUAAAUAGUUUCAUUUUUUGGUUCUUGUCUGCUUUAUUACAUCACUGAUGUUUUGUUUCAGUGUUCCUCUCAAAUUCAAUGUUUUAUCAGAUAUAUAAACAGAGUUGAAGAAAUACAUGAUUUAAAUCAGUAAAGAUGAAAUAAUUCCAAUCUUUGGAAGCAAUAAAAACAAGCUUUUAACU